UUGGUCGAUGCCGUGCAUGCGUGCAGUCGUGUUGUUGUCAGUGGCGGCAAGAUGGCGACUCUCGGAGACGCAUCAGCCCCGGGGGUUAAUGGGUUAAUACAACAGUUCACAGCCAUAACUGGAGCCACAGAGAGUGUAGGGAAGCAUAUGUUGGAAGCAUGUAACAAUAACCUAGAGAUGGCCGUCACCAUGUUUCUAGACGGAGGGGGCAUCGCAGAGGAACCCAGCACAAGUGCCAGUUCAGCCGGGGCGUCCAGCAGCAGACACCCCCCUGUAGAAGAUGAUGUACGAGCACCCAUUCCUCAGAAGCAGGACAUUCUGGUGGAGCCAGAGCCCUUGUUUGGAGUACCAAAGAGGCGUAGACCAGCACGAUCAAUCUUUGAUGGAUUUCGGGAUUUUCAGACAGAAACCAUGCGACAGGAGCAGGAGUUGAGAAACGGAAGUGCAGUGGACAAGAAGCUGAGCACUCUAGCCGAUCUGUUCCGUCCCCCCAUUGAACUCAUGCACAAAGGCAGCUUUGAGAUGGCGAAAGACUCCGGUCAGCUUGAGAACAAAUGGCUGAUGAUCAACAUUCAGAAUGUCCAGGAUUUUGCCUGUCAGUGUCUAAACCGAGACGUGUGGAGCAAUGAUGCUGUGAAAAACAUCAUCAGAGAGCACUUCAUAUUCUGGCAGGUGUACCAUGACAGCGAGGAAGGGCAGAGGUACAUUCAGUUUUACAUGCUUAACAAGUUCCCCUAUAUUUCUAUCUUGGACCCACGUACAGGACAAAAGAUGGUUGAGUGGAACCAGUUAGAUGUGUCCUCAUUCCUGGAUCAGGUCACAGGCUUCCUAUCAGAGCACGGGCAGCUGGAUGGGCAGUCAAGUCAACCUCCGGCCAAACGGGCUCGUUCUGAGAGCUUGAUAGAUGCCAGUGAGGACAGUCAGUUAGAGGCCGCUAUCCGGGCCUCUCUUCAAGAAACACACUACGAGUCCACCCAGGACAAGGCAGAGUCCCGCUCAGAUGAUGAUUCAGAUGCCGAACCUUUCUCUGACAGCGAAGGCCUGAUCUCAGUGGAUGGUUCAGAUAAUGAGGCCGUCGGAGGGGAGGAUUCUUUAGAUGGACACGUCUCUGCAGAGGUAGCUCCUCCCACCAGGCCGGACAGCCCAGCCCAUCACAGGAAGUCCCCACACAAAGAGUUAUACCACAGGAAAGAGGAGAGUAAGAAGAACCACCUAGAGCCGGUCGGGCUCAGUCACAGUCAGACAGGACAAACAGAGUCCCAACAGCAGCUAGGAGAAAACCACAGAUCCACAUCACACCAGCCCUCAGAACCUGCCGGCACCAGCACAGCAGAUCCAGACGACAACGGUCCAAAGGCCCGCUUAAUGCUUCGAUACCCAGAUGGCCAGAGAGAACAGAUAGCACUGUCUGCUAAAGCUAAACUCAUGGCACUGGUGAGACACGUUCAGUCUAAGGGAUUCCCCAAUGAACGCUUCGAACUUGUCACCAACUUCCCCCGCCGAAGACUCGCUCACUUGGACUAUGACAUCACACUGCAGGAAGCAGGACUGUGUCCGCAGGAGACUGUGUUUGUGCAGGAAAGGAACUAGCCCCUCCCCUUGUAGAUAAAUCACCCCCCCUCCUGUCCUGUCAUUUGUGCCCUAGAAAGACUGAAUUGACUGUGCCCUUUUACCACUUGUCUUUUUUUCUUUUUCUUUUUUUUUAUAAUAAGUCCAGGAUACUCCGAACAUUUGGUAUUUCAUAGGGACCGUCCCUUGAGCUGCAUUUGUCAACGUAUUUAUUUACAAACAACUUGGCACGUCCCAUCCAUCUAAUUCUUGAAGACAGUACAUGUCCAUGAGUUACGCUCAUAUUGAUCUGGAAAUUAAAAGGGUUUUACAGAUGGCGUUGAUGUAGGGAAAACAUUGUGUAUCAUGUAUAUGCAAAGUUUCUAAGGAUUGAACAUCAGUUCCAAAGUGACUACAGUUCCUGUUAAAAUCAUCUGAGCAGGUUGGGAUCCUAUUGAACAUGGGCUCAGGUGAUGAAUUGGGAUGAAUGUUUAUUAUUUAGAGGUAAACCCUCACAUAUCUCAUCUGCAAUGUGCAGGGACGGAAGAAGUAGUGACAUUUAGCUAUAGUAAGUUUCUAUCUCCUUUUUUAUAUACUGCAUCAUUUCCACAAAAAACUGAUUCUCAAAUAUAAUCAUUGAAACAAAAGGGACAGCUGGUCCUCUUGAGUAUUUCUUCAAUAACUUAUUCGAUUUCUCCUGUUUAGUGACAUGAUUUUUAUCAAGAAUAUGCGUUUUGAGCAGAAUCCUCCAGAUGGGAGCUUGAAUAUCUCAUAUGUGGCAUAUGAAGGAGUGGAAGGAUCUGGUUGUCUUUUUAUGCAUUUAGGGCAACUUUUUAAUUUUGCAUACAGAAUCAGAUUCUUAGGUUUAGCUUAGUAAUGCACCAAUAUUAUGAACAGUAUGAGUGCAUGAACGUCGCCACUGGGGGGCAGACAAAUACUCAAAGUAGCUGUAGCAGUUUUCUCAUAGAUAUCUUCUAUAUGUAGACACCACAUUAGCAGCUGAUAGCCCAAG